AGCGAUGACGGCGCUGCACCUGAUCAAAACGUUGCCACAGCAAUGUUACCAACUGACGUCCCGACAGCAGCUCAGACGGGUCUUCCAGCAACUACUGCCACUGCAAAACCACCUGAUAAUGCUGAGAAUGAAUUUGGAAUCGCCAAGGUUAAUGUUUCGAAGGUGUUUCGUAAGUGUAAACUGUGAUAAACGAAAAGAGUCGGAUUAG